AUGGCAAAGAAGAAGCCAUGCCCGGAGGGUGCUGCCGAAAGUUCUCGCAAGCAGCAGCGAUGGAAGCUGACAGCGGCGGAGUGCUCACGGCUUAUCCCGGGCUUGGUUCCAGCGGCCAGAUCAGGCUACGCCCUGUUCUAUAGCUCCUCUACCGAAGACGUCAAGCAAAGGCUCAAAGACAUAGAUUCUGCUUGUCCUCAAAGAGAGGUUAUGAAACAAAUCAGUGCCGAUUGGAGGAAUCUUUCUGAAGAGUCUCGUGAGGAGUGGAACCAAAAAUCAGUACUCGAGCAUCGUGCACGCAAGGAUGCUGUUGACCGACUUUACUCAGAAUUCUCCGACAGUGUCCAGCCUGCGGCAGCCGAGGAUCCGGGUCUUCUGACUCUGGGCGAUUUCGUACUUACGAAUGAGAUUCUCUGGAGUGGCUACUCCGUGAAGUGCUUCCGAUGCUACCACAAGACACUUCACUACAAUGCCAUGGCCUUGAAGUUCCAAAACCUGUGUGAUUUUCGGCAUGAAGUGAAGAUCAUGAACAAGAUCGCCGAGCAUCCCGGGAAUGUCUCUCAAGAGUUGUUCCUGCAAGUCAUGCAGACAGUGCCCUUAGCCGAGAGGCCAGCGAACUGUUUGAUUGUUGAAAAUCUGCCACUGCUGGAGACCUGGGUAAGGGAGGAGUCUCCCUUGACGGGCGAUCACUUGAAGGCCCUUGCUGUGCAGCUCGCCAGUGGACUGCAAUUUCUGCACUCCCUGGGUUUUUGGCAUGCUGACAUCAGACCAAAAACUAUCUUCUGGAGCCACUGCCAAAGCUUGGCCAAGAUCGGUCGCUAUGCACUGGCCCGUCCCAGCGAGAAUCAGGAGUCUGAGCAGCCAGCGCCUUACACGGGCCCAUAUAGGGCUCCUGAACUCUGGCGACAAGGCUCAACUACGAGGGUCACGGGGGCAACCGAGUCCUUCGCCUUUGGUGUCACUUUGGUUGAAGCCUCAACCGCCGAGAUCAUGUUCCCGAAUGCGAUUGACGUAGUGAAUUAUUCAGAACACGAGCAGCACCCCGUGCUGCAAGCAUUGAACGAGACAGUGCGAUUUGUGCUUCUACAUUUCUUGAGGCGAGAGCCCGAUGUUCGCAUGCUUCUGCCAGAAUUUUUGAGUCCCAACUCAGCGAGCUUGCGUGACAAGUUGGCAGUGCAGUGA